AUGGCCUCGACCCCCGCGUCUAGGGCGAUCGACUUCCUGCACCUCACGCGUAACUUGAAGACGACGCCGCGGACGGGAUGGGUCAACCACGGCGUGGACAAACCCGAGUCCAUCGCGGACCACAUGUAUCGCAUGUCCCUGAUGGCCAUGGUCGCGUCCAAGUCGAUGCCACACUUGGACCAAUCUAGGUGCGUGAAGCUCGCGCUGAUUCACGACCUCGCGGAGGCGAUCGUCGGCGACAUCACCCCGCACGACCCGGUCACGAAGGUGGAGAAGGCUGCGAUGGAGACGGGCGCGAUGCGACUGAUACGCGGGAUGCUCGGGGACGACCUCGGCGGGGACGAGAUCGAGGCGCUGUGGCAAGAGUACGAGGACGGCGUCACGGACGAGGCGAAGCUCGUGAAGGACCUCGACAAGCUCGAGAUGAUCGUCCAGGCGGGGGAGUACGAGCGCGAGCAAGGGAAGGACCUGAGCGAUUUCUUCGCGUCCACGCGCGGGAAGUUCGCGACGGACGUCGGGAAGGCGUGGGAGGCGGAGAUCGUGUCGAGGCGCGCGGGGAGCGGCGCGGCCCCGUGA